CCACAGCUGACAUCAAACGAACCAGAACCUUCAAUAUGCGCAGUCUUCUGAUCCUCUCCGUCGUCCUUGCCGUGAUCCUCGGCGGACACGCCUACAGCUCCAGCUGGGGUCGUCGCAACAGCAGUGACUACCUGCUCUCCCAGCAGAGGGAGAUCCGUAAUCCCAUCAAGAACAACUACUGGAAUGUGAACGUCGCUUUCCCACGUGCCGGCACUGUUAACUACGCCAACAUCUCGGCCAUCUUUGUCUACGACAACUUCAAGAACAGCUCCGGCGCCGCUCCCAGUCUGUGGUCCGGCGGUCCUGGCUACCGCUUCGCCACCAUCAACCUGCGCGGCCAAGUUGGCCGCGGCAUUGACUCCACCGUCGAGAUCUGGGGACGAUAAGUCUAUAGUUGGGAAUAUGCAAAUAACCGAAUAAAAUCAGCUAAGAUAUCAAAUGGAAUAGUAAA